AUGGAAGAUAAAGUGAAUGUGCUGCAAAUCAAUCGGAAAAUUCAAUUAAAUCUAGCUUUGAAGAAGUAUCAAAAAUCAGAAGAAGAUUUAGAUGAAUGUGUUAGCGUUAUGAAAAAUUGGAUAAUAACAGAAAAAUGUUUUCCCGAAUUCCCCGACGAACGCGUUUUGAUAAACUUUUUGUUAAUGAACAAAUUCGACAUACAAAACACGAAACAAAAAUUGCAGAUGUAUUAUUCCAUUAGGGAGAUUUUACCGGAAUUUUUCAAAAACAAACACCCCGAUUCCGCUCACAUGCGCGAAGUUGCGGAAAAAAUGUGCUACAUUCCUCUACCCAAAUUGACUGAUGAGGGUUACAGGGUGGCAAUUGUGAAAUUCGUAGACGAUAAUCCCAGGAAUUUUCGAGUGUACGAUUUUUUUGCACACACCUACAAUGUAACAGAAAUAAGAUUGCACGAAGACGUAACUGCUGGAGAUAUACUCGUUUACGAUUUGGGGAAUUUGAAAGUCGGCCAUUUUUUCAAAUUAACCCCAGUGGUUUUGAAGAAAACCUCCGUAAUUUUAGAAAAAGUUUACAGCAACAGAGUGAAGCAAAUUCAUAUUUUAAACAGCCCCAAGUACGCAGCUACUACCAUAUCUCUCACUAAGCAAAUCAUGAAACCGAAAAUGGCGGCCAGGAUUCACGUUCACAAGCGAACUAAAACAAUUUCCGAGCACAUUUCGCUCGGAAUUCUGCCGCGGGAUUACGGUGGAGAAGAAAAAUCAUUAGCAGAACUUAAUAAAUUAUGGCUGAAAAAGUUGGCGGAGUAUAAAGGAAGAUUCGAUGCUUUGGACUCGAUGAAUGUAGCAGAUGUCCGCGACAAUUCCGAACGGUUAACGAACGACGAAAUUUUAGGAUUCCACGGAGAUUUCCGAAAAUUAGACGUUGACUAA